AGUGGAUUAUUUGCUUGUAUCCAGUGGAUGUGUUAUGAUUCUCUGCCUCAUUUUCAGACCAGCUGGAAAUGAGAAAAUGGACCACUAAUGAAGAAGGAAACAAAAUAUAUUGUGAUCGAAGCAUCUUGAUCAAUCCUUUUUUCCACAACAUAUAACUUUUUAUCUUAGAAAAGAAACAAAAAUUUAGAGAAAUAUCAUGUGAUUUCUGGUUGAUAGUUUGGUAAAGUGUGGCUAUAAAACAAAGCAUUGUCCGAGAAAAUCUUUUGUUUCUUUGGGAAAAUUUUCACUAACAUAAGAGGAGAAGACGAAAACUUGGAAGUUGGGUUUGGUUCUUUCUUAGUUAGCAAAAUAGAGGAAUCUUAAGUUGUAGUGUGAGCAUGAAGUCAUUAGAAAGAUUGGUUUCAGAGAAAGCACUAAAGCUUGGUAAUUCAUUUCCAUGUCAAAUCUGUGUAGUUGGGUUUCUAUGUGGAAUCUGUCUCACUUCACUUUUCUUAGCUGCUCUAACAACUCUUGGCACCUUCGAACUCGCCGCCUUCUCCUUCUCCUCCUCAUCCUCCUCUGCUAUUCCUCCUUGUAAUUCAUCCACCUCUCACAUCAUCAAUAUGGUUGCAAGUAUAGACCGUACACUGAAAUGGAAGAACCAAGCUGAGACAGAAGAAGAUGAUGAUGUGAAACUUUUGGUCUCUGCUUGGGAUAAUUUAUUACUAAAUGAAGAAGACUUCUUGAAGAAGUUAGGCAUGAAUAAAUCUGAUGUACCAAACGGUCCACAUUUGGAGAAUUGUGAGGUUAAGGCACGAGUUAGGGAGCGAUUAGAUACAUGGAUAGCAAAUGGGACAUUCCCUUCUUGGAUAAAUGGAGGAGAUGAAGAGAACUAUCCAUUGACGAGGAGAGUGCAAAGAGAUAUAUGGAUUCAUCAGCAUCCUUUGGAUUGCGGCAACAAGAGUCUCAAGUUCCUUGUAGCUGAUUGGGAAACGCUUCCUGGUUUCGGAAUUGGAGCUCAGAUUGCUGGAAUGACUGGUCUUCUCGCAAUCGCUUUAAACGAAGGCCGAGUGCUCGUUGCCAAUUAUUAUAAUCGAGCAGAUCACGAUGGUUGCAAAGGUUCUUCCCGUGGAAGCUGGUCUUGCUAUUUUCUACCAGAAACAUCAGAGGAGUGUCAGAAACGAGCGUUUGCUAUUGCGAAGAACAGAGAAGCGUGGGAGAGUGGGAUUGUCACAGGGAAACAAAACUACAGCACAAGGGAGAUUUGGGCUGGGCCUAUACCAAAGCUAUGGGGUAAGGCUUGGAGUUAUAUGAAACCCACUACAGAGAUCAACGGAAGUUUAAUCCCCAGUCACCGGAAAAUGGAUAGGAGAUGGUGGAGAGCACAAGCAGUGAGAUACUUGAUGAGAUUCCAAUCAGAAUACACUUGUGGUCUAAUGAACGCUGCUCGACACUCUGCGUUUGGAAAAGAAGCUGCCGAGAAUGUACUCUCUGCUGGAGAUUGGAGAAAGAAGAAGAAGAAGCAAAGGACAGAGAUUGAGAAACAGGUGUGGUCAGAUCACAAGCNCGAGGAGAGUGCAAAGAGAUAUAUGGAUUCAUCAGCAUCCUUUGGAUUGCGGCAACAAGAGUCUCAAGUUCCUUGUAGCUGA